AUGGGAAAUACUCAUACCGCCAAUAGUGGUAGUACGCUGAAAAAACAUAUUGAAACAGCAACAAAAACUGGUGUACUUCAAUAUGAUAACAAGAAACUUAAAGAAAUAAGUCCUGGUUUUUGUCUUCCUAAUCUACGAACAUUAUCAUUAAACGAUAAUGAGCUUCAAACGAUUGCUACGGAAAUUAGUCUAAUGGUGAAUUUAAAAAAUUUAAGUGUUCGAAAUAAUCAAAUUGCACAAUUACCUGAUUGUUUCGGUCAAUUGAAGAAACUCGAAAAUAUUCAAUUGGCUCAGAAUCAACUUCGUUCACUACCAUCAUCAUUUGCUAGUCUCAAUAGUUUACGACAAUUAGUCUUGUCAAAUAAUAGUUUUACAACUAUACCUGAAUCAAUACUUAAAUUAACCAAUUUGCAAUUACUUGAUCUAUCAUCAAAUCAAAUAACACAAAUUCCAGAUCAAAUUCAAGCGAUCCAAGUUGAUGAAUUAAAUCUGAAUGAUAAUCGAAUAGCAAAAAUCUCAGAACAUAUUCGACUUUGUCCUCGUUUAAAAACAUUACGUAUUGAUAGAAAUAAUCUUGCUUUAGAUACAAUUCCAGCUGGUCUAUUAACUGAUUCAAAUUUAUCAUUACUUUCAUAUGAAGGAAAUCGAUUUGAUGCAAAAGCUUUUCAAGGAAAAGAAGGAUAUGAACAAUAUAUGCAACGGUUUACGGCUAGCCGACGGAAACUCGAGUAG